AAAGCAUAUCAAAGCGAUCCUAGAUUCCGAAAAUACGUCCAGCUUAUCGAGAAAAAUCUUCAGUCAUUUGAUGCAGUCAAUGAAUGGGCUGACAUCAUCUCAUUCUUGGGUCGUCUCCUUAAAUCUUUUCAAGCCUAUCCACAAUUCCCGGUUGUUCCUCGAAAGCAUACGGUGGCCAAACGACUAGCCCAAUGUCUCAACCCAGGAUUUCCUGCAGGUGUUCAUCAAAAGACGCUUGAUGUCUACAGUUAUCUUCUAGAGACAAUUGGAUCUGAGCAAAUGGCAGAGGAUUUAUCAUUAUGGUCUAUGGGAUUAUUCCCCUUUGUUCAGUACGCAGCAACACAUGUAAAGCCUCAAUUGUUGUCUAUCUUUGAAAAACAUUAUUUUCCACUGAGAGAAAAACUAAGACCUGCAAUGAGAGGUUUCAUCAUUGCUUUAUUGCCAGUAUUAGAAGAAGAAGGAAGCGAAUUCUUUGACAAGGGAAUAUACAUGAUCGAUUACCUUGGCAAAACAACAGAAUUACCAUUCUUCUAUUCGUGUCUGUGGCUCGUGAUGAUCAAUAAUCCCAGCUUACGUGCACCCGCUCUUAAUUAUCUCUUGCGAAGACUUCCAAAAAUCACAGAUGAUCAAGAUGUGCAUACUUACCUUGGAAGUGGGGAAAACGUUCAAUUAAUGACUCGGGCUUUCUCGGCCACACUGGGAGACCAACAGCUACUUGUUCAGAGAAGCAUGCUUGAACUCUUGGUCCAAAAUAUUCCACUCAAGAAUAGGAUGAUCCCCCAUGACGAUUUAGUUUUAUUGAUCCGUUCUGCACUCGCUAUUGUACUUCGCAAGGAUAUGUCACUCAAUAGGCGUUUGUAUGCCUGGGUCCUUGGAACCGAAACAUCAUCUCAAUCUCAACUGGCUUAUUUUUAUGCAUUUGCUGAAAAAGCAUCCACUCAAGCCAUCCGAGGACUUAUUUCUACUACAAGUCGCAAUAACUUGGACCAUUAUGAUGGACUUGUGGCCGACACCCAAAGGCCUUACAAAAUCUUGAUUUCAUUGAUGGACAAAUGGGAAAUUGGGCAAACCAUUGUAAAUAACAUUUUUAUUGACUCGCUUGUGAGCCUACAAGGACAUGUCAAAAGAGGAGUUUACACUACAGAGAUACUUCAGACGGCAAAUAUGUGGUUAGAGAUGGUCGAGCCAUAUCUAAUCUGGAUGAAGCUUUUCAAACUUAUUGAUGCAAGCUUUCCUUCCAAAUCAUCGUCCUUGGCAAAAUCCUCUUCUACAAAAACUCUCGAUAGUAUGCUAUUGAUGGAAUUCACCAUAAAAACUUUCCGCUUUUCAGACGAUGAAGUCAGACAAGUACACUUACCACUAAUCCUGGCUGCCUUGACACGUAAAUUAUAUGAAUCGAUUUCUCACCCAUCAUUUAUCGAUGUGCUGCCACAAGUAAACGAAUGCGUCGAAUUGAUCCAGUUGAUAUUAAGACAUCUUCCAACAGUCAUAUUUUUGGAUAAAGCUCCUCACCAAGACGAACAGACAGAAGAAUUCAAAGAAGAGAACCAAUUUGUCCUGGGAAUGAAUAUUCUAGAUUAUGUACGUGGGUUCUAUGGUAUUGGACGAAGUCAUGAAAGAGCAUCUAGCAAUCUGCCUGGACUUGAUGAUUUUGAUAACGCACUUCAAUCCCCCAGCCACGCCCAAGACACUGGCGAUAUGUCCAUUGCAUCACUCACAGCAUCUCCUUUACCGCCACCACAAUCCAUAACAGCGACCCUCGUACGACCAUCAUUUGAGACGAUUCGUGGAAUAGUCUUGAUCCACGAACUUACCAACAACCUUUCUCAGUUUCUGAUUGAGCUGUGCAGCUGUGAAGGCAGAGAAUUUGGUAUUGUAGAUGCUGGCCUUACUACCUUGACCCAACUCGUAAAGCGCAAGUUUAUCAGCGAUACCGUACUUUAUGAUAAGAAGGCAUUGAGGGGCGUUGUGGACAAGCUUUGGGGAUUUCUUGCUACUCCACUGAAUGUCCUGCACCGCCGAACAGUAGAACUUAUCUGGCUCCUUACGGAAAUCUCGCUUCCUCACCAGAUAGAGACCAUUGUAACCAAUUAUCUCAUUGUACCUAGGGAUGAGGAGAGGAUGGUCAACUAUGCAAAAUUCUCAAUAUUUUGGGAACUUUCUGAGUCCAAGCCAGGGCUCUCGCUCUUUUCUCGACCGAUGAUGAUUAUGCUGGAUUUACUCAGGGAAGGAACGAAUCCAAUGAACAAACGUGCGGAGUAUUUUGUGUACAUGCGCCCGUUUGACACCGAAAGAAUCGAUUAUAUCUUUACCGGACUGGCAACGCUAGUUAGCUACAGCGGAUUAAUAAUUUAUAUAUUUACAUUUGCAUUUACAUUUUAUAAAUGUAUGCCUAUACAUAUGCACUGCAUGCGUCCGUGUGUGUGUGUGUGUGUGUAUGUAUGUGUGUAUGCGGAUAUGUAUGUAUAUAUUUCUUUUAUGUGUGUACGUACGAGUAGAUUUAUAAUGAGCGAACCAUCUGAGAAGCUGGUUUCUACACUGACCAAAGCAGUACAAAGCAUACAACUUCAUGCUGUUGAACUACUUUAUUUGAUCAUAUCUAAACUAGAUAUAGUGGAUAUGCAGAUCACCCAGUUAAUCCAAAAGAACGUGCUCGAAAAGCUACUCUACUGUGUCACAGUUGGCCAACUUGAUAUCCAACAAAAGUUAAUGCAUUUAUUACAUGCCACAAUGUCCAUUAUGGCUUCCAAUGCACUCGGUCACAAAUCAUCUAGUAUGGCUGAUCGAUCUCAUCGAAGAAAAGGCUCGGUAGAUCACGCAUCGAAUGACAUGACACAAUACAGUACCGCCCGGAUUUCUUCUGCACUGUAUGUCAAAUGCGUCACGGAUGCUUUGGUGAUCGACACCAAUCGUUCGAUGCUGCAGCAAUGGAUGGAUUUUGUACUGGCCACACUGCCCCACCUACGCGGUGGCUUUCGACACAUGGUCGUUCCAGUUCUGGUACUUCUGUGUGAACAGGUCCGCAUUAGCCAAAAGAUGAUUGAAUUUAGGGUUCACGGCCAACAAAGCCGCGACGCAGAUCUUACUCCUGACAACAACGAAGCACCAACAGAAUCUGAUUUGGUGGUGUAUUUGACUGGACUGGAGAAAACACUCAUGUUUUCAUUGACGGAAAGAAAUCUCAGUGAUGAUUGGUAUCCGGCAGACAAGACCGACAUUGCCAAUUUGGUAAUUCCCAAACUAGGUCCCAAUUCUACUCUCAAGGUUUUAUCUCAAAUUGUCUAUAAUGAAGACCAAAGUCGACUUGGAGAAAAGCCGCAUGACGUUAUUCUGUAUAAUUUGCCUGUAUUUCUUCACAUAUUACUUGACACCUGGCGGACGUGUCGUAAACCUGAAGAAUCCAGUGAGCCAAUUUAUGGUAGCCUUGAUCUCAAACGACAAGCAUUUGCUGCUUCGAUAAAAAAUAUCAAGAGCCACCUAGAGCGCAUCUUUCAGAGACUGUACAAAUACUCUGAACCACUUGCUCAUCUUUGGCCACUUAUUCAUGCAUUUGCCAAGGAUUAUUUAUCCCAGGCAAAUGCGUACAAGAACUUUUUGCCCGGACUUUUGCGUUUCCUGACUGUCGUGUUGGACACACUGACGAAAUACCAAGGCUUCGAUGACAAGAAGACACGCAAGGAUGCUCAGGACCUCUAUCAACGAUGCGUAGAUUAUUGCAUUUUGAUUGCUGGCCGAUCAUUUGACCAGAGUUUGUGGCUUCGACGGUCGACUACGGUUAUGUCUCUGUCGGAUACAAUCGCGAGCGACAUUUCGAGAAACGUGUCGACAAGCAAUGUGUCUGAUCUUGAGAAAAAGGCGAGCUGGAAAUCACGCGAAGAUAUCAUGAUCAUCCAAGUCAAUGCAUAUCUUGCCAGCGCUGUCAUUCCGAAUCUACGACUCUUGGUUGCUGACCAAGAUAGGAUUAACUCACUCCUCAACAAUCUGGUUUACUAUGUCAUCGGGCCUGCCAUGAGAACAAAGACUGGCAAGAUGACGGCCAUAUUGGAUCAAGUGUGCGAAAUGGCACGUAUGCCAUUUACUUAUCGGUCUUGGCGCAAGGAAGUGUGGGAAGUAUUUACGGACAACCGAUUCUUUUACAUGAAUGCUUCUACGGCAAAGAAGUGGCGUACGAUCAUCCAGACAGUAUUCUCUCUUGAAAAGGAACGAUUCUCGGAACUCAUGGGCCGGAUUACCACGACACCCAACACAGCCUUCUUCACCAACAAAGAUCAGGAAACUCUGAAUCGCAGUCUGAACCUGCGAAGACUCUCAUAUGUCAUUUUUUGUGGAUCGCCUGACCAGUAUGUACCCCAACUACCUCUCAUCCAAGAGAAGCUUGUCGAACUGUUGAAGCUUGAACAUGGGGAAAUGGUUCAUGUGGAGAUUUAUUUGUGUCUGAGAGUGAUGCUCGUCCGAUUUUCUCAGAAGCAUCUUUUGAACUUCUGGCCAGUUUUGAUAACAGAAUUGGUAAGUAAAUUAAAUUCUAAAAAAAAAAAAAAUACACACACAAACACAAACACACACAGAUACACAGAUACACAAUAUGGAUAUAUAGAUUUCUUUAUCCGGCUGUUUGACGCGUUCCUGUACGACAAUGCGAAUGACCGACCUGAAGAAGCUCAGAUUGGGUUGGCUGGUUGUAAAUUCCUUGAUUUGUUGUGUGCUCUCGAAACGGACGCGUUCCAAAUCUAUCAAUGGAUCUUUAUUCGUGACACGGUCGAGACACUCAUCAAAGCACCUUUAAACGAUGGUCCCACACCUAUCAUGGAAAUGCUCGGUGAGAAAUUAACCGAGGGAUCCUCCACAACAGCAUCAUCCUUAUCAUCAUCACCAUUAUCAUUAUCAUCGUCAGUUCCACCUUUGGGUGAAUUGAAACGACCAAUGCUGACGAUGCACAGUAUCAGCAGCAUCCGGCAAUUAGGCUUCUUUAUCGAGCACGUUGGACUAUACGUCUAUCAGUCGUCAUUUACCCUAGCUAAGCCUGACAUGCCAUUUAUAGAGAGUUUAUUGCACAAUGAUCUAUUGGAAGGAGAUAUUGACAGCGACUAG